AUGGCGGGAGGAUCAGGAGCUGAACAAGACCGCUUCGGCGGCUGGUUCGGCGGGAACAAAGCCGACCAGGUCAAGGACGCUGCCCAGCAGAACCUGCCGAGAGGCUUGGGAGCUGAGCAAGACCGCUUAGGUGGCUGGUUUGGUGGCGACAAAGCCGACAAAGUCAAGGACGCCGCCCAGAAGAACCUACCGACCGGCUCGGGCGCGGAGCAAGACCGGCUCGGUGGCUGGCUUGGGGGCAAUAAGGGGGCCGACGUUAAAGACGCAGUGCAGGAACAAAUGCCUAAAGCCUCCGGAGCUGAGCAAGACCGAUUUGGCGGCUGGUUUGGCGGUGGUCAGGCAGACCAAGCCAAAGAUGCCGUACAGAGACGCAUGCCCAGCACAUCUGGUGCCGAACAAGACAGAUACGGCGGUCAUUUCAGCGGCGACCAGGCAGACAAGGCCAGAGAUACCGUGAAUAGACACCUCCCACGCACAUCAGGAGCUGAGCAAGAUCGACUGGGUGGUUGGUUCGGUGGAGACAAACUACCCUCUCGAGCCGAGGUUGAGAGAAACCUACCCAGUGGCUCUGGCGCUGAACAGGACAGGUACGGUGGCUGGUUCGGAGGCCACAAAGGCCCUUCCGCUCAGGAUAUUCGCGAUAAACUGCCCAGAGCUUCAGGUGCUGAGCAGGACCGCUAUGGAUCCCACUUCAACAUUGGCAGCGAGCGCUACAUCGGGACCACGACGCUUGGUCUUCUUCAACACGCCGUCUUGCCGUCAUUUGGACUCCACGCCGGCCUUGGCGCCAUUGCAUACGGAAUCGGUUGCUACACCGACAGAGCUGAGGCCAAAGACUACCUAUGGCCCAGUGGUCAGGUUGCUAACGCUUGGUGGUCUGCCAUUGGUGUUCCCGUCGUCUACGGCGGCCUGUCCGUCUCUGCUGCUUGGGCUGCUUUGACAUACGACCAGAAGCUGCUCCUCACCGGCGUCACGGCCUGGGGAGCACGUCUCUUCUACCAUGUUGCGUCUCGCGGCGUGCGGCGCGGCGAGGAUGACCCCCGUUACGUGACCGCCAAGAAACAAGAUCCGGGAUUCUGGAACAAGGCUGCAUUCUCCAUGUUCUUGCCCGAGGCGGUUGCGCAGACCCUGAUCACCCUGCCCUUCGUGCUUCCUUUCCGUGCCCCUGUGUCUAGUGCCGUUUCGUCUCUCAGUGCAGGCCCUUCGGCUAUCUCGCACAGCUUGGCCGUCUUCCUGUUCGUCGCCGGUUUCGCCACGGAAGUUCUUGCCGAUUACCAGUUAGAGGCUCACACUCAGGAGUCUGGUAACACCAGUUUGAACCGUGAGGGCGUAUGGAGCAUUGUUCGCCAUCCCAACUACUUGGGCGACGCACUGUCCCAUCUCUCGUUUUCGGUCUUAGCAUCUAGUGCUGGCCUGCUGCACCCGCUAGCCGCCAUUGGUCCCAUCGUCAAUUACAUUUUCCUGCGUGCGGUCGGCGGCGACAAGGAGAACGAGGCAUCGCAGGAGGCACGCUACGCCAAGGAGAACCCGCCCAAGUACCAGCAACUGCAGGAGUACAAGCGGACGAAGAACAGCUUCUGGCCAAGCCUGAACGAGGUGGGCAACAAGUGGCUGUGGGCCAUUGUUGCUGCUGGUGCUGGAGGUGUCGCACUUGAGCAGUCGCUUGUGAACUUUUCGACAUGA